UUUCUAGUCUAUGUUGAAUUUUUAUAUUAUAAUUUAUAAUUGUGAUAUAUGAAAACGGAAUAAAUCUGUUUUACACUGCUUGUAUUUACACAGGGGUAGCGAAAUAUAAGUUCAUAGAAGAAAAAUAACCGUUUAUAUUAAUUUAAACAUAUAUAAAGAAAUGCCGCGAUUACCAUUGCAUCCAUCAUCUGGAACUGGUAUUGUUAACAUUUUUGCCAAAAGUAUACGAUUUGUUCGUUACGGAUGUGCCAACAGACCAUUUUAUCAUAUUGUUGUUAUGGAUACAAAACAACAACAACAUAAACCUCCAAUAGAACAGUUGGGUACUUAUGAUCCUCUUCCAAACAAGUACAAUGAAAAAAUAGUUGCUCUGAAUUUUGAACGCCUGCAAUAUUGGCUAGGGAAAGGUGCAGAUAUAUCAAAGCCAGUAGCUGCAAUAUUAGGAAUUGCUGGUUACCUUCCGAUACAUCCAAAAACUUAUCUUAGAGCAUGGAGAAAUCGAAGGAAAGCUAGCGAAGAAUCUAAUUCAAAUACAAAUUCAGUAGCAGAAUCUGGAGGCUAACCCUUACAAAUUGAUUUAUUUAUGUUUAACUGUUAGCUUGUAGAUAAUAUGUACAUUUAAAUAAAGUUUUUACAGAAACGAAAA